AUGGCUGAUGUUUUUGCCCAUGGUCCACUUUUAUCUUCUGAGGGUUCACCAAAGUGCCAGCUCCUCACUUCUCAAGUCCGUUCCUUUUUUCUCCUCCUUCCAUUCUUCUCCACCUUCCUCCCCAACUGUCCUCAACUGCUUCUGUCCCAACAUUCCACACACCCUUUGGCAACUGUGCCUAGCAACCACUGUCUGGACUCUCCCUCUGACAUCAGCCAUAUUUCCCUGCACCAAGAAGUUGUUCCAAGGUUUCUGAGGCCGUGCUAUGGAUUCAGUGUGGAUACAGAACAACCAUUCAUCUUCCAGGAAACAGCAGAGGGUUUCGGGCAGACUGUCGUGCCAUUGGGAAGCGGAAGAAAUGCAAGGGUGCUGGUUGGUGCCCCUCUCCAGAGGGGGGAUGUGAAUGAAACGGGCAAACUCUAUUCAUGCCAGCAGUUACCAGGCAAAUCGGGAAGAUGUCAAGAAGUCAAUUUGCAAAGACCCAAUGAUGCAGUAAAUAUGUCUCUUGGCUUGUCUGUCUCUGUCCGUGGCUCUGAGAUGCUGGUGUGUGGUCCCACAGUCCACCAGACCUGUGGGGGAAACAUGUACAUGAAGGGCUACUGCUUUCUCUUGGACCAAAACCUGAAGGAAAUUCAACACUUUCCUGAGUCUCUGCCAGUAUGUGCCGAUCAAACCGCCGACAUAGUUUUUCUGAUAGAUGGCUCCGGAAGUAUUCUACCUCCUCAAUUCAUUCAGAUGAAGACAUUUAUUUCCAAAAUCAUGGAGAGUUUCCACAAUACAAAAAUUCAGUUUGCCUUGGUCCAAUAUGGAACCAGUUAUAGAGAGCACUUUGACUUCAUUCAGUACAAGAACACUCCAAAUUCCAAUACUCUUAUCGAAGAUGUGGUGCAGCUGGGAGGAUUUACUUACACGGCUACAUCUAUCCAAAAAGUGGUACGUGGUCUCUUUAUCCAACAAAGAGGAUCCCGCAAUGGAGCCUCUAAGAUUCUCAUUGUGAUAACAGAUGGGGAGAAAACGGGAGAUCGCCUGCAGUACAGUGAUGUGAUGCCAGAGGUGGAGAAUGCUGGAAUCAUCCGCUUUGCCAUUGGGGUUGGAAACGCUUUUAGUAAUGAGAAUGCCCGGCAAGAGCUCAGCAUUAUUGCUUCUGCACCCAGCUCAGACUAUGUUUUCCGAGUGGACAACUUUUCGGACCUCAACAAGGACCUCCAGAACCAACUUAAGGAUAAGAUUUUCAGCAUUGAAGGUACACAAUCCCAGAACAGCACCUCCUUCCAGCUGGAGAUGUCCCAGGAAGGAUUUAGUGCUUUGCUGACCCCGGACGGUUCCAUGUUGGGGGCAGUGGGCGUCUAUGACUGGUCGGGAGGACUCUUCCUGUAUGGGAGCAGCGGCGAGCCAAGCUUCAUCAACGUGUCCACCUCCUCUAAGGAUAUGAACGAUGCUUAUCUUGGUUAUUCCACACAGAUGGUUCAAAGGAAUGGGCAACGCAGCUACGUAGUGGGAGCCCCUCGUUACCAGCAUGCUGGGAAGGUUUUCCUGUUCCGUGAGCAAAGAGAGCAAUGGCAGCUGAUAGCGGAGCUGAAGUUACAGAAGACCCCACAGAUCGGCUCUUACUUUGGGGCUACACUGUGCUCUGUGGACCUUGAUGGAGACUCCAGCACGGAUCUGGUUCUUGUUGGUGCUCCCUUGUACUACGACAGAAUGGCAGGAGGGAGGGUCUACAUUUUCCAGUGGCAGGGGGAGAAAUUUCUCUACCACAAAGAAUUGCAGGGAGAGACCAAAUACCCUCUGGGCCGCUUCGGUGCCAGUAUAGCAGAAAUAGGAGAAAUAACUGGGGACCAAUGGACAGACGUGGCAAUUGGGGCUCCAUUGGAGGAUGAGCAUCGAGGAGCUGUAUACAUUUUCCAGGGGAGCAGCAGUUCCAUCAACCAAAAAUACAGCCAGCGCAUUCAAGGCUCUCGGUUUGUCAGUAGACCUCACUACUUUGGCCAGGCUAUUGGAGCUGGGAUGGAUCUAACAGCAGACGGACUCCCAGACAUAGUCGCUGGGGCUUCGGGGCAGGUGCUACUGCUGAGGUCUCGGCCUGUGCUCCAGGUGGAAUCUACAAUCACCUUCACUCCAGCUGUGAUCCCCAUCUCUGCCUUUGAGUGCCAGGGCCAAGAAGUGCUUAACAAGAACGUCAGCAUGGCAAGAGUCUGCCUUCGCAUCCGGACAGACCCCCGGUUUACACUAGGUGACAGUAUUUCAAGCAUCAUUCGGUACACCUUGCUCUUGGACCCUGAUCGUGUGAAGGUCCGAGCCACAUUUGGCACUGGUUCCUCCAUCAUUACUGACGAGAUGCAGAUGGGCGUGGAGAUAAAGUGCAAAGAGUAUCGCAUACAUUUGCCGUCCUGCACAGGUGACAGUGUCAUGCCCAUAAAGCUCCAACUGAAUUAUACGCUGAUGGGACAUCCCAUUCCUGCUGCUGACAACUUGCGAGCCAUCCUAAGCAAAGAUGGACCCAGUGGGUCUAUAGCAUUGUUGCCUUUUGAGAAGAACUGUGGCGGAGAUGGGAAAUGUGAAGACAAAUUAAACACCACCUUCAGUUUCUCAGGCCUUGAAGCCCUGGUGGUGGGCCUGACCACUGAGCUUAAUAUCACCGUCUUCAUCCAGAAUGAUGGAGAGGAUUCCUACAGCACCACCCUGACCUUCUCGUCCCCCUCAGCACUGUCCUACCGCAAAGUCACACCACUGCAGUUCAACACAAUGUACAUGACCAUUCAGUGCACCUCCACUUCUGCCUCCAAGGAAGACCCUGUGAGGAACAUUGACACCACCUGCAUCAUCAAUCCCCCCAUCUUCCGAAGUGGGACCAAGGUGAUCUUCAAUGUCACAUUUUCGGUCCCUGAGAAUGCAGAUCUGGGGAGUAUGCUACAGAUUAAGGCCAUAGCUGGCAGUGAAAGCAAUGGCACCAUCACCCCAGACAUGGUUCAUCAAGAGAAGCUGCCUGUAAAAUAUGCUGUGUAUAUUUUUGUCAACAAAAUGGAUGAGUCAACCAAGUAUGUCAGUUUUUCCACUGGUGAGGAAGAUGGAAGCCAGUUGGUGGAACAUUGGUAUGAGGUGAAGAACACAUAUCGACGAUCAAUUCCUGUCUCAGUGACGUUCCAGUUCCCAGUGAAACUGGAUGGGACAAGGAUCUGGAAUGCAUCUUUGGAGUUCCGCCCUGAGCUGGCUCAGUGUGUCUCUGGAAGAGAGACUCCGGGGUCCAAGGAUUUUGUUAAGCAACUGAAGGAGCACCCCACCCUGAACUGCUCUGUGGCUGCCUGUCAAAUAGUCCAUUGCAACAUUUCAUCCCUGGAGUUGAAGAAACCACUGGAGUUCACAAUCAAGGGGAACAUCAGCUUCAAGUGGCUUUCCCAGACGCAGCAGAAGAAAGUGAUUCUGGCAAGCUCAGCCCACAUUUCCUACAAUGAGACAAAAUACACCCAAAAGGUGGUCCGUGUACAGAGCCAGGCGGAGACGGUGCUGGAGCACUUGGAGCCCUAUAAUGCCCUGCCUGUCAUUCUCGGCAGCAGCAUCGGGGGCCUCGUCCUUCUCGCUCUGAUUGCUGCUGGUCUAUACAAGCUUGGGUUUUUCAAACGGCAGUACAAGCAGAUGGCAGAUGAGGCGUCAGCUGGGGGCACUGAGGGGGCUGCCCCUCCCCAAGGCAGCUGCCCUGACCCCAGCCAGGAUGCUACUAAAGGAUAACCAGCCCCACAACCCGUACCUUCUCCAGGGCAUCCUGCACAGCACUAUCAGCCAGAUGGGACCACUAUCCCGAAUCAGAAGGGAUCACUGGCCCAGAGUACAACUGCAAUCUGCUUCAUAUAUGUUGAGUUUUCCCUGCAUGGGAAGAGUUUUAAUGUCAGGAAAUGACUUGCUUCUUGUGUGUGAGACUGUCACGUGAGAAUUGCACACUUCCUGAGAUGUUGCACCCAAGUGUGAUUUCCCCAUGCUUCUGCAUACAUGUGGGACUGUCACAGGUGACAACCUACACCCCCAAAGCAGAUAAAUGUAUCUGCAAAAGUACUUUCUGUGCAGGAAAAUAUGCAUAGUGUGGCUUCAAAAAGAGGGAAUCCUGGAUUCUAAUCCCUUGUGAAAGUAACGAUCAAUCACAUGCUGAAAAAAUGUUGGGGGCGGGGCAGGAGAUCUUGCAUCAUAUCCAACAUCAGGAAUAUACAUGUGUCUGUAUUUUGCAAAUUUGAAUGCUGCAAGAAUGAGGAAUCUAAUGCCUGGUAUAAACUUUAAAACUUUAAAAACAA